UAGUCAUUCAAACACCCUGGAGCCCUGUGUUUUUAUAGAGUAAAAGGGGCCUGCAGUCUUCACUGACACUGACAAAAGAAAAGAAAUUACUCCUAUAAAACUAAAAAGAAAGUUUAAAAUCAUCUAACUGAUUGAAUGAAAAAAGUCAUAAGAGUAAAAAAGAAAGAGGGUAAAAACUAAAGACAUAUAAUUUUUUUUUUUUGGUGACUUGGGAAUUGCAUAAUAUCAGCACUGCCCAAGCUGCCACCAUUGCCCUGUUUUAAUGCUCUCUCUACUUCUCGAGCUCUUCACCCCUUUCAGCCUCUCUCCUCCAACAGAAAAAAAAAAAGGAGACCCAUACCUUUAGAGUUUGAGAGUAAGGUUUCUCUCUGCUUCUGCAAUUUCUUCAAACUCUCCUGCUGCACUUUCAACUGAACCAGUUGACUCUGCAGCAUUGAGUUCUUUUUUAGUCCACUGUGAAAUUUCAUUCUGCUUAAUUCUUAUUCCAGGAGUGGGUCAGGUGGGCCUUUGAAGAAGCACUUUUGUUUCCCUAUAUUCUCCAUCAGCUUUAAAGGAACUCAAUAUGCAGGCACCAAAAGCAAGGUACUUUGCUAACAAUUAGGGGUAAAUUGCUUUGUAAUUUUGCCAAAUGUUAGUUUUGCUUUAAUUUUCAAGUAUCUAUCCCAUAGCAGUCUACGCAACCAGCGCUCAAAUGUAUAUAUUCUCCAGUUAUAACUGACAUUAUACAUCAUUCUUGUAGAAUCUUCCAUUUCUUAGUCGAUAAAAUGUGCAUACUCUAGGAAACUGCCUGUUGAUACUGUACAGUUUAUAUCUUAUGUUUUUAGGUGAUCCCUUUGGGGGUUUCUUUGCAAAAUGUUAAAUGCCUGAGAAUGUUAACAUAUAUUCCAAAAUCACUAGGAUCAGAAAAUUGGUUAUUUCUUCUGUGUAAACUGGACAAUUUAUUUACUGUAUUCUCUGCAUAGUUGCCUCCUUUUGAUUUUAGCAUCAUUAUGUGAACUUGGAAAACAGAAUCAGUUCUUCUGAACUGCCUCAGAAAACAUCUCCGGUUACACCUCGUACAACUCGAAAGCUCAAAACUCCUGACCUGGUUUCAUCCCCCAACGGUGCUAGCAAAAUGCCAAAAAACAGAAGUCCCAAUGUUGGUGAUCGCCGCUCUCCACGGAGCCCAGCAACUGAGGUAAUAAAUACAUGUCUUCCAUUUUUGUAUAUGAACAACAGUAAGUUAUGAUGUUCAGAACAGUAUGAUUUUAUAGAUUCUUAGAAUUGUAUCCAAUAUCAUAUGGUGAUGUUGAAGUGGAAGUUUGAGCUUGAACUUUAAAAUGCAAAUAAAUGGAACUAAAGAGAAACUGCAAUCUUAAAGUUGGUUGCUUCUCAGUCUCUUUGUGCACUUGACCUCUUUGGGUCAUUUGCAAUCUUAAAGAUGCACUGAAAUUGUUUACUGUCAGUUACAAAUGUUGAAUUUUUGGCAGAAGAAGCGCCCUGCUGGUAUGACUGAUUUGGAAACUCAGCUUGCCCAUCUCCAAGACGAACUGAAGAGAGCAAAAGAUCAACUGAGCUCAUCUGAAUCAUCAAAGAAGAAGGCUCAGCAUGAGGCGGAAGAGGCUAAAAAGAAACUUUUAGCCAUGUCAGCAAAAUUUGAAGAGUCUGAGAAGCAGUUGCAGGAACUUUCAGAAUCUGAGGAAUCUCGAGUUCAAGAAUUGCGCAAGAUCUCACAGGAUCGGGAUCGAGCAUGGCAGUCGGAACUGGAGGCUAUCCAGAAUCAGCAUGACAUGGACUCUGCUGCUCUGGCUUCUGCCUUAAAUGAAAUCCAGAAACUCAAAAUUCAACUCGAGAGGGUGGUUGAGUCUGAAGCAGCACAAGCUAGGCAUGCUGAAUCAGCUCAUGCUGAUGUUCAGAACCUAAGGAUGGAACUCACAGAAACACUUGUGAUGGUAGAGAAGAUGAAAGCCCAGUUAAAUGACAGCAAAGAAUCUGAGGAUAGAGCGCUGGAAGAACUAAGUAAUGCUCAAAUGCAGCUGGAGGUUGCAAAGGAAGUGGAGGAGACACUUCGUUCAGAAGGUAUGCAAGCCAUGGAGGCUUACAAGUCAUUGGCCUUGGAUCUACAGGAAUCACAGAAUAGAGUGGUUUCUUUGGAGGAACUUGUGAGAGAACUUCAAACUACUAUCAAUGAUGGUAAGGAAGAUUCGGCAGCUCCUCAUGCUGCGGAAAUUGUGGAAGCAAAGGACAACGACAAGGAAGCAAAACAACUGAAAGAUGAGCUCCAUGCCGCAAAGAUUGAGGUAGGCAGGUUAAGAGAGGCGUUAGAGGCAUCUGAAAGAAGGUAUCAAGAGGAGUACAUUCAAAGUACUUUGCAGAUUAGAAAUGCUUUUGACCUUGUGGAGAAAACAAAAUCAGAAUCAUGUCAGAGAGAGGCUGAAUUGGAGGAAAAGUUGAAGGCUGCUAGAGCCAGUGUAGAAGAGCUGAAGCAAAAACUGAUGGAGAAAGAGACUCAAUUCAAGUAUGCUGGAGAGGAGAACCAAGGGUUAGAUCAAGAGAUAGAGAGAAAUCAUUUCAUGGAAGGAAAGAAUCUAGAAUCAAUAUUGGAAGACCUCAAGUCAAGCUUGAUAGACAAGAAAACGGAGUUGCAGAGUGUUACAGAGGAGAAUGAAAAGCUGAAGUUGGAAAUGAGGAAUAGAGAACAAGAAAGGAGUAGAUUAAACGACGAAGCUGUUGCUCUCGUAGAAGCAGCCAGGGCUACAGAACAAGAGGCACUAAUGAAGCUCAAUCAUCUAACAGAGGAAGCAGAUAAAAGUACCAGAAAGGCUGCAAGGGUUACUGAGCAAUUGGAUGCGGCCCAAGCUGCCAACACGGACAUGGAAGCCGAACUAAGGAGACUAAAAGUGCAGGCAGACCAGUGGAGGAAAGCUGCUGAGGCAGCUACGGCAAUGCUUUCGACUGGGAACAAUGGAAAGUUUGUGGAAAGGACGGGCUCCAUGGGAUACAACACAAUUGGUGGGAAGUUGAACUUGCCUUAUUCUGAAGACUUGGAUGAUGACUCGCCUAAGAAGAAGAAUGGUAACAUGUUGAAGAAAAUUGGCGUGUUGUUGAAGAAGGGCCAGAAGUAGCAUCAAAGCUUCUUCAAGUUUGCAACUUUUGAUCCUCCCCUUUCCAUUGUUUUUUUUCUCUCUGCACUUAAUGCAGUUUCUUUUCGGGUAUUCAAAAAAUGAAACUGCAAAAAUUGUUUUGACUUCCCAGAAAGUUAGCUUCUCAUAAUGUAAUCAAUGUAAUUUGUAUAGUAUGAAAUGUUGACGACGUUCAUCAGGAUUUAUGUUAUCUUCACUCACAUUUAUGGUUACCAUUGUUGCAAGCAGAAGGUUAUGUGAUUACUCCCUCCGU